UUAAAAUCGAAUUUAAUUAAAAUUAGUAAAAUUGAAAUGAAAUUUGAAAAUUUUAGCGUUGGAGACUUAAAAGUUGAGGAUAUGUGCAGUCUGAUCAAUGAAGGAAAGAACACAAUUAAUUGUCACCAGCAAAUUCUACACAAACAUCAACAAUUACAAACUACAAUUUAUAAAUUGGUAACUUCAUGUAUUCAAUCUCCUAAAAUUAUUUCUUGUUUGGAGUUUGUAGAGGUUGGCCAAAUUCAAUGGGAGGAUGUGAAGACCGGAGGAGGGUGA